UUGGUUCUUAACCUACCUACAUAAAGACCACUGUUAGGGUUUUGAACAGCAUUAUCAGUGGAGUAAAUUUAAUCUGAUCAACAUUAAUGUAGUGCCAUUGUAAAUUGUCUUAUUGUUCGAACCCAAAUGCUUUUGACUAAAUUGACGAAUCAAACUGGGUUUGUUUCUCAAAGUCAUGGAGGAGCGUUUGAUUGGCCUGAAACAUCAAGCUCCCACCCCCCAUUCACCUGAGCUAAAGUUUGAGCUUCCUCAGAGAAAGAUCCAAACAGGGACGAACAUGGAGGAGCUGGCUAAAGAGAGCAUUAACUUUUUAACAAACCCUGGUCUGGACACAGGCGUACCCAAGUUGGGCUCGUUAGGAGCGGUUUUCAUCUUGCUGAAGUCUGCGCUGGGUGCUGGGCUUCUCAUCUUUCCCUGGGCGUUUGAGAAAGCUGGAGGAAUUCACUCUGCUGUCAUUGUAGAAAUGAUUUCUCUUGUGUUCCUGGUCAGUGGACUUGUCAUCUUGGGCUAUUCAUCUUCAGUCAGUGGACAAAACACAUAUCAGGCUGUGGUCAGAGAUGUGUGCGGUCCUGCCAUAGGACACCUCUGUGAGAUAUGCUAUGUCUUCAACCUCUUCUUCAUAUCUGUUGCUUUUCUGGUCAUAGUUGCCGACCAGCUUCAGAAAUUGUGUGUCUCGAUAUAUGAGUUAAUCACAGGAUUGCCAGAAUCAGAGAUGCCCUACUACUGGUACACAGACCAGAGGUUUGCUCUGUUUCUUCUGUGUCUCUUCUUCAUUUUCCCUCUCUCCGUCUCGAAGGAGAUCAGCAUACAGAAGUAUACCAGUGUUCUAGGAACUUUUGCUGCCGUGUAUCUCACUGUAGCCAUCAUUGUGAAAUACUACAUGAGGCCCAUCCAUGAGAUCAAUCUGUCUCCUCUUUACAGCAGUGGAGUAAGCUCAUGGGCUUCGAUGUUCAGCGUCAUCCCGACUAUUUGUUUUGGCUUUCAGUGCCACGAGGCCUGCGUUGCUGUCUUCAGUAGUAUGGAAAACAGGAAGUUGUCCCACUGGGUCUUCAUCUCUGUGGUGUCCAUGUUCAUCUGCCUCAUCAUCUACUCACUCACUGGAGUCUUUGGGUAUCUGAUGUUUGGGAAGAACGUAACUCCUGAUAUUCUGAUGUCGUACAGUGGGGGUGAUGUGGCCAUGAUCAUUGCCAGGCUGCUGUUUGGAAUCUCAAUCAUCACCAUCUACCCCAUCAUUGUCCUGCUCGGAAGAUCUGUGAUUCAGGAUCCGCUGCUGCGGCGACGACACAAACACACAGCAGUGACAGGGACCUAUGAGAGCCGGACGCGUGUUGCCUUGACCACAGCCUGGGUCACCAUCACUCUUCUCAUCGCAGUGUUUGUUCCAGACAUUAGCAAAGUGAUCGGCGUUGUCGGAGGAGUCGGUGCUUUCUUCAUCUUUAUAUUUCCAGGACUUUGCCUAAUAUUUGUGGUGCAGUCAGAGUCAGUUUCUCUUACAAUGAGAUAUCUUCUGGUCACGUGGGGAAUGUUCACACUUUUCUGUGGUACCUAUAUUUUUGGCCAGAGCACUUCUAUUGCGAUCAUGCAACUCCUGAGUGAAAUUUAACACCAUGACUUUUAUUUGUAUGGUUUGGAAUAAUUUUAGACAUUGCAUGUAUGGAAUAAUUCCUUAAAAAUGGAGACUGUUGUACAAAUGUGCAACCAGCUUUGUGUGAAAUACCUCAGACGAACAAGCAAUGUAAAUCUGAACGUUGAAAUAUUGUCAUGUAAUGUUCUGCAAUUUUAAUGACCAAUUUCAUGUUUGGAUAGAUGUGAGCUUUUUUAAAGUUAAAGGGAUAGUUCAACUCAAAAAUUAAAAUUCUGUAAUUUACUCACCCUCAC